GAUAAUCUCAACAGUAAUCAGCUGGACGUUGGAGCCUUUGCUUGCCAAUAUUCACCCUGCAGAGUCACGACAAUAUGUUCAUCGGUCGAUAAAACCCGAACAAGAAGCUAUUCCGAACGUCACUUGAGCAUCACCACCUCCGCCAUGUCCUCCGCACCCCCCCAUCCCGACCCAAACGAGCAGGCGAAUGGAGAGCACAACGUCGAGCUUGCAGAGAUGGGUGACAAGAAGCCUCCUCUGCCGAUAGAAGAGGAUAUCAUGCAACUGGCGCGACUAGGGGAAAUAAGGGCCAUACAGAAGCUAUUUGACAGUGGGAAGUACGACGCAACGUACUCGGACGAACAGGGCAUAACGCCGCUACAUGUGUGUACAUGUACCCGCCCCCAAGACGUAGACAGUCACUCACACUUCUGUUUGACUUUAGUGGGCCGCAAUAAACAACCAUU